AUGCUUGUUUUCAAAAACUCUGAGACAUUUCAGGCAGAAUCCUAUUUCUUUAUGGUAACUUUCUUCCAUUUGGGAGUAAAUUCAAAUGUUCCUGUUCAGCAUUCACAUGUUAAUUAUGGUGAAACAGCAAAGAAAUGCUAUGUAAAACCAAGUAGUAGACAGAAUUCGGUAUCCAAUGCAAAAGUUUCUAGGUUGCUGAAUGAGAAAAACUUUAAAGAUGCAAGACUCGUUCCAACAAAGAAACCAGUAACUGGUUCAACAUGGACUCCAUAUAUUGCAAAGAAUAAAAAUAGCCAGAAAUUCAGUGAUCACAAGACAAAUAUGUCUUUUCUAGAUGCAUCUAAAGGAAAACCUAGUACAAACCACAAAACCCAUGAUUCUAAGUCUGAGUGUAACACUAGGUUCACAGUUGCUAAUCUUUCUUCCAAAAGAAUAACUGCAUCCACUUUACAUCAGAGUAGCAGUCCAGAGAACGUUCGUGAAGUUUCAGAAAAAUCCAGCAUGCACCAACAGGCAGAAGUGCAACAACAUCCUGACAUUAGUGAUAGUAUCAAUGCUCACCCCCUUUCAGAAGAAAAGGAAACGGCUUAUAAAAACAGCACAUCUUCAGUAACAAUAAAGGAACAAAGAAUGAGUUUACAGUACACUGCAUUGUCAGUCACUGUAGAAGAAGUAUCUGCAGAGCAGUCUGAGACUGAAUUAACAGAACUUGAUUCUCACUCAGUAUUUUCUAUGUGCAAAGAAGAUGGUAUGCCUCUUGUGAAAGCAAAGGAAUGUUUCAUGAAUCAUGAUAAUGAAGACCAUUGUCUUAAGCAUACUAAAGAGGACAGCAUGAUUGAAAAGAGCAUGAUUGAAAAAAGUCUGGAUACAGCCAAAAGUAUACUCUCAGAACAAAUUAUUUAUUCUAACAACUGUAGCCAACAAAUUGAAUUUGAUACUGAUAGAGAAAGAAAUAAUGAGGAGGAACAAAGUUUAUAUCCCUCCUUGCCCUUAUCUGAACAUAGUUCUUUAGACAGGAACCAGUUACAAUCCGGAAACCUAACUCCUUUUUCUGCACAGAAAGCUGUAAACCUUCCUGAAUCAGACUGUGCUUUCCUUUCUGAGCAGUAUAGUGUGAAUGAGAAACAAAAGAUUUAUAAACAUCUUUCCCAAGAUAUAAAUAACUGUAUUGGGCAAACACUUCAAAGAAAUACAGAAACACUUUCAGUACAUGAAAGUUUAGAGCCCACUAAUGGAGGUAGUGUUUUUGAAAUGCCUGACAAUUAUAGCAACGGUAUGCCAAGUCAUUUUGCUCAUCAAAUAGAUGAGGAGAUGGGGAUGGUGUUAGGCUCAAAAAUUAAUGCAGAAAGAUGUUACAGGGAAAAAACGGGAGUUGUAAAUAAUUCAGAGAGUAACCCAUCUAUAGCUUUACAGCUAAAUGAGAAAGUAGUAAUGCAACUGAAAAGAAAAAGACAGGAUCUUCAGGAGAUCAAUCAAGAUACAGAUUUGUGUUCCACUAGCAGUAUGGACAAGAAUUCACUUCAUCCAUGUGAGCUAACUCAAGAAACACAGCAGGACAUUUCCCAGAAAUCAGAGUUUGAUGAUAUUACAACUGGUGAGUACCUAAGUAAGGCCAUAGACAAUCUGGUCACUGCUAAAGCCCUAGAAGAAGAUGUCAUUCUUUUGGAAGUGAUCAAGGGUUGGACAGCAAUUCAUGAAGCUUCCAAGAGAGGAUUUACUGAGGUGAUUUUAGAGUUACUAAAAGCUGGUGCUGAUGUUAAUAGCAAAGGCCCAGAUGGAAUUUUGCCAAUACAUGAUGCUGUUUCUGGCAACUAUUUCAAGCAUGAGUCCAUUAUUACUGUAUUACAAGAUAUAGAAGAGAAGCAGAAAAAACUGCUACUUUUUGAAUUAAGAACCCCCAAAGAUGCAGAAAUGUAUAUUCAGAGGCUGUCUCAGAUACAAGAUACAUUGAAUGGAAUGCUUGCAAAACAGAAAACAGAAAGAGACAUGCUUGCUAAAAAAUACAGGGCUUCAGUGGAGUCUUUUAAACAAGGAGCACUGAGGGAUCAACUUGUUCAACUCGCUUCUAGGCAAAAGAGUCUUUUGAUGGUUGCAAAAAAACAGAAGGAGCUAGGCCAGAAAAUACAAAACUGUAGGAAUACAAAGAAAGCGUAUUCAGGAGGUUCAAAGAAACAAAUACCAAACUCAGUUCCUUCAACUGAAAAUGAUGACGGAGAGUAUGUCACUCCUGAUAAAAGAGUGCAUCCUGAUGUAGUUACAGUUAGUAUGGGGCCUGAUGUCAGGUUGCUUAAUGGAAAUAGUUUGGAAGCACAUCUCUCUUUAGAAAGUAGAUUUUCAGCUCAGGAACGCAGCCAAUAUCAGAAUGGCUCCUUGCACGAGCCAGGAGCAAAUGAAAGGGCAAUUAGAAGCAAGGUGGUUUCUGCUCAGGCUUUGGCAUCUGAAAACAUGGUGAGAGAAUGGACCGUUGAUAAGAUGUCAAAAUCAAAGUCUGCAGAUGCUAUGGAAAUGGUAACAUUGCUUUCAGAACCUGUUUGCAUUACUCAAACAGAGUGCUCACAGCUGGAAAAAAUUGAUUACGCAGGAGUUGCAGUCCAAGGAAGCAAGUCUCCAAAUCCCAUUGCAGUAACCAGUAGAUUAAAUAUUUCAGAAGCCCAAAACAUUGUUGUCAAUAAUAAUAUCCAUCAGCCAACCACUGAUUGUCAACAGGUUCUGCCUGGUAAGAAGCUGCAAAACUACGCAAAUAGAAAUGAAGCUUCACAACAGCAACCAAGAGUGGUGUCAGAAUCCACAGAGAAUUCUUCUGUUGGUCUUCAGCAAAAUAAUAGGACCUCACCUAAUGCUAACUUGGAACCCACAAAUUUUGCACCAAAUAUAUUUUAUUCAAUAAACAUAAAUCAGAAUCCUUCUUCCCAGUUUUCUCAUCGUCAGGAGAAAGAGCAACAACUGAGCAACAGAAAGUGUAGAAAGAAGAAAAGUCAAUUGGUUGAUUUGCUUGAACUGGGAAAGAUCAAGCCAGGAGAAGAUGUUUUAGAGUUCAAAUUACAGGACUUCAGUCAUAAGGCCACUCUUUUGAGAGAUGGCAGAAUCCAGACCAGUGAAAACAGAAUUCAUGGAAAUCCUGUUCAGUGGGUAAAAGCACUACUAGGAAAUGAUAUUUCUGUGAGCUGGAAAUAUGCGUGGAAUAAGGUUGCAUACCUUGGGACAGAGCUGUCAAAACUUCUGGUUGAAGAAGCAUCUGUUCCUAACAAACCAGAAGUAACAUCACAAGUAAAAGAGCCUUCUGAAUCUCCUAUUCAGUUUGAUUUGGUAAAAAACUCUACAAAUUUUCUUCACUUCAGUGAGAUACUGUUAAUAAAUAAUGAAGAAUUUUUGCCAUGUCAUUUAAUGGAACAGUAUUGGAAGUUCUAUAUACAGUGUGAGGAUUUUGGAUUUUAAGAACCCUCCUGGAGUUCAACAGAUUUUUUUUUCAUCAUCAGAACUUUGAAUGUUUUAAAUUAGAUUGCCUUCAAAUCAAAUUUAUAUAAACUAACUUACCUGGUGGUAUGUAUGCAAAAGAUUUCUUGUGAAUACACAAGUGCUGAACACAUAUUUUGUAUAUUAAGAAAAUGUAGAGAUAGAGAAAAUACUUUUGUAAACUUAACACUCUCUAUGGGUUAUAAUCAACCCUUGUGUGAGUGCAACUCCUUUGACUUGAGUGGUUUUGUACUUGAUAUACUAAGGCUGAAGGUUACCCUGCACAUCGAACUAAAAAAAUUGUUCCUUACCUCAGAGCCAAUCUGCCUGAGUACAUGCUACCAAAUAAAGAUUUGUGUAGUCACAUAAGCAGUUACAUUAAACAGAAAUUAAGACAUUCAGCUUUUAAAAUAGCUAGCUGAUUGCUUUCAUUUACCUGAGAUAGACGUAUAUAAAUAUUUCAUAAGGUGUGUGUUUGAAAGUUAAAAGCAAAAUCUUAACCACCUGACAUCCUUAAAUGUGGAGAUUUCUCUGAUUACCAGAUAUAUUCAUUUGAUCAGUGAAAGCACAACUGGAUGGCAAAAGUGCAAUGAUGUCACUUGCUGGUAAAAUAACUUUUCUGUUUAAAUCUUAGAGCGGCUUCAAAUUUGCCUUAGCUUCCUGAGGCUUUGUGUUUGUUUUAAUUUCAAAAUUUGUGAGUCUGCCUCAGUAGCAUAAUUAUAGCAUGCUUGACUAUUAUGAGAGUGAUCUGCAUUAAGAUUGCAUUAUUGUUCUUUUGCUCUCUGGAUUACAAGAAAUAGAAGAGAAGCAGAAGUAACAUCUAAUUUGCUAUAGUCUAAGGACAGGGUAGGGUGACAGACUUGUGCCAAUACAUGACAGCCUCUUCCAUUUGUUCAGUGUGACUAAUUGUUCUACAGAGGACUCGAUUACUGCCAUAGUCAGAAGAAGGCUAUCGAGGCAUGAACUUGAUGAGUUCACUUGAUAAAUGUUAAUUCUGCACUCUGUCACACAGUAGCAAUCAUUGGUUAAUAUGUUUUGAAAGGGUGAAAAAAAGUUAAACUGUCAUGAAGCCAAAAAAUUAAAGCCUGUUGAGUGAGAGUUAGUUAAUAAAGGUCAGUUUUCACAGCCAGCUGCUGAAAAAGGAAAACUGAAAGUCAAAUCAGUUUAAAAGAAAUGUUUAUGCAAACAUAAUUGUUCAUGUCUUGUUUGGGAGAAAAUAUUAGUGUUCCAGUUUUAAAAAUGACUUUUGAGAUCUGCUACUGUAUUCCUUAUUUAUGGAUUUGUUUAGAGUUUUCUUUGUUAUAAGGUACUUAAUAGCAUGGUUAAUAUAUAAAAACAGUAAGGUCUCGACAUUGACACUUUGCAAUGUAAUUUUUCUACAAAGUAAUAUUCUCUAUUAUAGAAAAUACAGUAAUAGUAUCUACUAUAGAAAAUACAAAUGUUCUGUAGUAAUAUAAUUAAUUGAACAUGAGCAAAACGUAAUAGGUGGUAUCAAACUCAUUAGACCAUAAACUGAUUCUUUAGCAAAAAUAAUAAACUUGUUUCUUAUUGA